AUGACUUUGAUCAGGCUCGAGCAACAAUCUUCCAGGGCCGGUAUACCGGCCGGCGAUCACCGACCGCUCAGCAAAUCAGAGAAGCGAGGAGGCUCGGUCUCGGACCGGUUUUCGUCCGCGGACAACCGCUCUUCCGCUGGCCGAAAUAACGUCGCCGUCUACUUCAUCAAAAUUCCCGAUGUCGGAAAGGGACCAAAAGCUGUACGGAAUGCCGACGACGGAAAGUUCGUUGCAUUCGCGUCUCGGAAGACGCACCAAAGUGCCGAAGAUGUGAAGAGCGAAGCUCCGAAUGUGUGGCGCAAACGUAUAUCCCCCGGCCAGCGGAGUCGCGUCGACAGCUUGACCAAAGCCGUGCAUGGCAUCGAGUCAAGACUUGGGUAUCAGAUAACUCGGCCACCAAAGCUAGUAGCUCCACCGAGCCCUGGAGCCGAAAGCUCCGACGGUAAUUCCAGCGUUUCAGACAUCCUCGAGGCAGAUCAACCGUUGCAUCUCCGGUCACUCUUUCAAAACGACUGGCUCAGCGUAGACUCUCGACAACAGGAUGAGCAGGCAGCAGAACGCAGGGUGAAAGCAUCCACACACCUACUUGAAACUGCCAGACGGGCGCUGCAAGUGCUAAUCCCGCCGCGAGAAGAAGUAUCAGAUAUUUCCAAGAUGGGGCCUGGCUGGCUUACCAUACAGAGUGUCAUGCUGCCUCUGCCAUUUACUCCUAAGUCCGAACCAGAACUUCUUGAAAGCUACGAGGAGAUGAGCGAUCCCGACGUGGAUCCCAUCCGCCUUGCCUCGUGGCUACUUACCAUUGCCCUCACGGGUCAGCAAGCGCCUGCAGGCAACCACAGUUCAGGCACACAGCAUGAUAUCUGGCAGCGGCGAUUAGCCCUCUCUAGAGCCAUUUCCGAGACGGUUGAUAGUACAAUUCUGUGUCAUGAUAAAUUAAUUGGUACAACUCGAGGGCUUGUAGUAUUCAUGCAAUUCAUUCGACUUCUUAUCGGCCAGGGCAGUUUCCAGAAAGCAUGGAUUCGGCUCCGCCAUGUCAUUGCAAUCGCAGAAUUAAUGGGUCUUCCUAAGACCUUCCACGCUACGCAACACAACAAGACCACCGGGAUUGAUGAUGACCAUACACAACUCUGCCGGGCCCAACAGUGGGAGUUAAUAUGCUCUGCAGACCGACUGUUAAGCAUGGUCAUGAACAUUCCCACGGACACCAGCCGACAUAAACAGACCAACGAGCCCGCAUUGAUCAUUGAUGGCGUUGUCCAGCCGGGGGUGUAUCUUCGAAGAUUAACCGACCUUGCCGGCAAAAUCCAGCUGCUAGACGACCUGAAUUUCGCGCCCGAGUCUAGCACCGAACUGUAUACCUCGGCCCUGGAGUUGGUUCGAGAACUUAGGGCUCUGGCCUCGCAAACCCCAGAGUCCUGGUGGGCGCGAGGCACGGAGCGCGUCGAAGCAGAUCAUAUAGUGCAGAUGAUGCACUUUUACAUCUCGAUGAGAGUGCAUUUACCCUUUACUAUGCGCCCAGAUGCCGGUGAGGAAUAUUUCUACCACCGUCUAGCCUGUAUGGACGCGUGCGAGUCUAUUGCGCAUCGAUAUCUCUUCCUCCGUCGCAAGCUGCCGCCUGGUUUCUUUCUAUUGGGCAUAUUGGACCUCCAGGUGUUCAGCGCAACGGUUGUCCUCCUCCUCACUAGUCACAGCUCGUCCUCGACCAAUCGCUUCAACCUGCGCAUCGACAAGACCCGGAUCGACACGGUGGUUGGCCAGGUCAUCAACCUCAUGCGCGAACGAUCAGACGGUGCCCCAAACUCAGACUCUGCUAAGAACGCAGCCUCCACCCUGAACGCACUGAACCAUCUGCUCCGCGAAGACGACAGCGGGAACCAGGUGCAUCAAUUAACCGUCAAGGUUCCCCUUUUAGGCAAGGUCCAUGUUCGACGCAAUCCCCAGAUGUGGCAGGCGCCCAAGGCCGACAAGCCCUGGUUCCAACCCCAGCCAGAUACCGGAGCGUGGAAGCUCAACGAACAGGUCUUUCCUGCGUCUUUUCAAGGGAAUCCGUCAGUGGGAACUACGUGGGGUGCGCAGGAGGACUGGCAGCUGGACCGAUUGUCCUGGUCCAUUGAGAAUAGCCACGAGAAUUUAUUCCAGGAUUCUCUCAUGAUGGACACAUUCGACCAGUUUGCUAUGUAG